AUGUUCGCUAUUCGCACCUGCAUCACGGCCCUGGCCCUCUUCCUAGCCACCGCUUCUGCCUCUCCCCUCCAAAAGCGCGAUAUUCAAUGGUCCUUCGACCUCUUCCCCACACCACAAUGCAACCAGACCGGUGGUGAUCUCCAUGCCGGUAUGGGCAGCACCGGUUGCCGCGCAGACCUACACAGCGUCGCCUCCGCAUACCGAUUAAACCUGGUGGCCGACGGGUGUCAAAUCGAGUUCUUCGAUAACACCAUGUGCGAUGCGACCGAGACAACCUCCGAUAUCGCGGGCCCAAUCAGCAACGCGGGACUCUGUCAAGUGCCGGAACUCACUCGGCGAUACGGCUCUUAUCAGGUUACCUGUGAAGAGAGGGGUGAAUUGAAAUAA